GCAUUUCGAGGGGGGUGUCGUCACAGGCUCAUGGCUACACGCUGUCCCAGCGAGCAUGAACUGGACUGUUAAUAAUCCCUGAACGAUAUUCCAGUUCUCGUCCCGUGUGCUGGCCGUGUGAGCGCGUGCAGUCGGACACCAUGGGCACGGAGGACGACGCCAAUCUGCUCUUUCUCAUCUUCCAGUACCUGAAGGUUAACGGCUACCGGAAAGCUGCGAAGGUGCUGGAAAAACACGUUGCUCAGGUGGAGACACCUGAGGAGAGCUCCAACCUUCAUGAUAUCUACACAGGCUGGAUGAAGCUGUGCUCUCUAGCCCAGCAUGCCAAGCAAGAGACAGAAGACCCUACUUUAAAGAAGAAGAGCAUUAAACCCGAACCUGCCACCAGCGAAGAAGAGGAGGGCUUAGACACUAAACCCUCCAACAUCACAGAGGAAAACAACGUGGAUGAAAAAGCUCCACUCGGGUCUAAGACAGAAGGUGCUGAAUCAUGCAACGCAGAGCUCCCCUCUGAGGGCAGAGAUGCUGAGUCAGUCUCUGAGCAGCUGCUGCAUCCUGCAAGUGAAACCAAAGCAACAGACAGUGAAGAAAAGAGAGAGGAGGAAACCAAAACAGAGCCAGAGCCAGCUCCUGUUGAAGAGUCUGCUGAGGCAGCCAUCAAGGCCGAGAGUUCCAGCUCGGACCUUGAGGAAGAGGUUGCCCCCGGCCCACUCGAGCCCGGACAAGCUGCCUCUGAUGGGGCUGGGGAUGGGCUCCCGGCCCCGGAUCCAGCCGCUACCUCCAGUCCAGCUAUGGAGAGCAGUGCGGAGCCUGAAGAGGACGAAGAUGAGCUGCCGCAGGAGACGCAGGCAGCCCGAGAUGAAACCUCUGCAGUUGUUCAGACAUCCAUCAAUCAAACUGAGGCCUCAGAAGAUGAAGACAGCGCUGCAAAGGAGCCCGGCACAGCUGACCCGACCCCCCAGGAGACCAAUGACCAGCAGACAGAGAGGGAAGCCCCGCCCCCCACUGCAGACCCUGAUUCUGAAAAUCCUGAUGAGGAAGAGGAGGACAAUGAGGAGAAAUCUACGAGCACAAAGAGCAGUGACCUCUCCCCUCUGCAGAAGCCUGAUGUCCACACUGAGACAUCACCACCCCCCCCAGAGGACCCCGUCUUUGACACUGCAGAAGAUCAACUAGACCCAGAAGUCAACAUCAUCCUCAACAUUGAAGUCAGCGACAGUGAGGCGGCCGAGCAAGAACCCGUCCAGCUGGUCCCUGAGGAGGUGGCAGAGUCUGUAAAAGAUGCCCCAACUCGCAAGAAGAGGAAGAAGAAAAACAAGGGCAAAAAGGACGAAGUGACGGCAACUACAGAUCCCCCGAGCACGGACUCAUCCACCGUCGAUAUAUCCAGCGAUUCUACUCUGAUCACCGAGACUGGCAAAAAGACAAAGAGAGCGGAUGAGGUGGCAGAGGAAGAGACGGAUCAGAAGCAAGAGGAGGAGGAGGAGGAUACGUCUCGGGCCACUUCACCAGAGAAGAAGAAAGCGGCUAAGAAAAGGAAAAGGGAGACGAAAGAAGUGGGAGAGAUAGAUGAGGGGGCUCCCAUCACUCCUUCAGACAAGAAGAUCAAAAAGAGAAAGGUUAAAGAUGUAGAAGAGGAGCAGAGCGAGGCAGCAGGAGUGGAGGAAGAGGAGAAUCUUGUGGUUCCGGCAACAGGUGAGAAAAAGAAGAAGAAGAAAAAAAGGAAAAAAGAUGGCGCACAAGGGGGCGAGGAGGUGCAGUCUGAUGAGAGACCAGCAGGGGGAGACGGAGACACCGCAAAGCAUCUGGAGGCCACAGACGGAGACUCCUCUCAGCUCUCCUCGGCCAAAAAGAAACACCGCCCCAAGAAGAAACUGAGCAAGAAAAAGAGACUGAGGCUCCACAGGCGGGAGAAGGAGACGCUGAUGAUGAACAAGUGGAAGGAGAAGAAGCUCGCUAAGAAACUAAAACACAAGAAAGGGGCAGCAGAGGAGACACAUGGUUCUACUCAGCAAGAUGACAACACAACAAAAAAGAAGAAGUUGAAAAUGAACACGGAACAAGAAGAGAACUCCUCAAAGGAAAAUCAACCACCAAAGAAGAAAAAGAAGAGAUUGGUGGAGUUGGAGGAGGAGGAAUGCAGCACUAUGCCUGCUGAGCCUCCUGAAGUUGACUCGACCCCACUUUCAAAGGAAAUCAAGAAGAAGAAAAAGAAAAAGAUGAAGGCGGUAGAAGGCGAGGAGACGACACCCAUGCCCAUCCCUGUCAGCCAGGAUGGACCUGCAAAGAAAAAGAAGAAGAACAGAUUAAAGGAGAAACUGGAGGAGGCGGAACUAGCUGCAGACCAACAAGCUAAUUCUACAAAAAAGAAAUCCUCCAAAAAAACGGUCACCUCUGAUUAAAUACGUCAGUGGAGAG